UCUCAACAAUUAGGAAAUGAAAGAUGCGCCUUACAUUAGGAUUGACGCAACAUAUGGUGAUUAACUUUGUUAUUUUUUCUAAUGUUUCUAAUUUUGUAGAGAGAUUUUCGGUAUUAGGGUUAUUUGGUAGAAUUUUAUAUGUCCAAGUCUAGAAAAUUUGUUUCCUAGGUUAUUAGUAGGUGGGUAUUUAUUUUAUUUUAUUUUAUUUUCAACUUUAGUUGAGUUGGAGCCUCUAAAAAGACUCCAAUUCCCCCUUUGCAAGACACGCUUGAAUAAUAAUAUUUUAUCCAUGAUACGUUUAUCAUUGUGAAGUUGAAGCAUGGUGGUUUGAUUUUGGUACUAAUUAUCCCAUCUCCUAGUUUCAUGUUCACACAUCCAUCCACCAUCUUUUCCAUUAUCCAUCAUCCACCAUUGCCCUCGACAUAAGCAUGUCAUGUUCAUACCAAAACUAUUACUUUGUGAUCUAUUCGUCCAUGCACCAGCUCCACAUUCCAAGACUAAACCUUCACCUUUCACACAGUCCUCUAUAUCCACCAUCCUCUACUUUGUUUCAUCCGAAUUAGUUUUCGCAUGACGAUCGACCCAUCACACAAUGCUUUUGCACUUCGCCACCUAAAAAAGAAUACUGUUGUAGUAAGAGUAACAAGAGAUGACAAAAAUCCCCUUUGUACCCCAAUCAAAAACUGCAUGAUUAUUGCUCAUGUUUCUCGCUAUUGUAACAACAACAACAACUUGUGGCAUCUUCCCGCUGCAAUGGCGGCACCAUUACCAUUCUGCUGCAUCAUCCUGGUCAACUGCAACUUAGUCACCUUCUCUAUCGUUGUGCAACUUCACCGCAACUUCUCUGCAUUGCUAUUGUCGUCUCCGCUCCACAAAGAGCCAUGCAAGACGCUGUCUCCUCACUUCUAUGAGGUUGAUCAAGUUGCCCUCUGAUGACGAUCUAACUGCAAGUGCCACCUUUGUCUGAAGCUUUAUCUGUUGCACAUCCUACUGUUGACUGGUGAUGGGUGCCACCUGACCAACAUUGAAUGCUGCGUCCACUACACCUUGCUUUCCUGGCAAACACUAGGACCUACACUCACUCUGCUCAUCUAUUUCUGCUUGUCAACUUUGCUCUUGUGAACCUCCCGUACCUUUGUCGCCAUCCACAUGACAAGUUGCUCUCGCCUCUGAAUCCAGUUGAAAAUCCCCUUCCCUAGCAUGAAGCCGCCUACCAUUGAAUCCUCUAUUAACGGCAAUGCUCUCACAUGCAAGCCAAGAACCGAAGACAAUCUCCAACUGGAUCCCAAAUCAGGGAUUAAAUUCCAGUCUGUGAUUUGCAUAAUCUCUUGGAGAAGACAAAGCCUUCUUAGAUUGAGACCUGAUUAAAUCCAGCAAAAUUUAAAAAACAAGGCACUAUUGCAGAGUUACUGUAAUUAAAAAAAAUGAAAAAAAAUUGAUGGAAAAAAAGGAAAGGAUCUGCCAUUAGGAGUUAUCAAAGGGUGGAUGAGUUAUGUUGAUUUGGCGGGCUUCACAUUUUGUUGUUGUAAUAUUAGUUACCCGGUUGCUUUAUUUAUUUUCAACUUUAGUUAGGUUGGAGCCUUCACAAAGACCCCAACUCCUCUUUGUGUGAAGUCCUUGAUUUAAUAAUAUUUUCUUCUGAAUACAUUUAUCAUUGUGGAAGCCUGGUGCUUCAACUUUGUUCCUCCGCAGCUUGGUGCUGUGUCAAGGAUGUAAGGAGCUAAAGCUAUGUUUAAAGCAUUUAACUAUUGCAAGGGAAAUGGGAGAGCAUUUUGUGCUGGAGGAGAUGUUGUAGCAGUUGUCCAAUCUGUAACUGAAGGUAGAUUCAAGUUAUACUAUGCUGCCUGUGAAGAACUGUGGUCAACAACAUCGUCAAGCAAUUGGACCAUGGGCGCAGAAUAUUUUCGCAAUGAAUAUACUUUGAAUUACAUAAUUGCAACUUACAGUAAACCUCAGGUUUCCAUUCUUGAUGGAAUUGUCAUGGGAGGCGGUGCUGGUGUUUCUGUACAUGGUAGAUUUAGAAUCGCCACUGAGAAAACAGUCUUUGCAAUGCCAGAAACAUCACUAGGUUUGUUUCCAGAUGUAGGCGCUUCAUAUUUUUUGUCAAGGCUUCCUGGAUACUUUGGAGAAUAUGUUGGCCUAACUGGUACGAGGUUAGAUGGGACUGAGAUGCUUGCGAGUGGCUUAGCCACUCACUUUGUCUCCUCUACAAACUUGAAAAAGUUGGAAGAGUCACUUUCUAAGGUGGAAACAUCCGAUCCUUUUGCUAUCUGUGCCUGUAUCGAUCAGUUCUCAAAAGCAGUGUCGCUGAAAGCGACUAGUUCUUAUAACAGAAUGGAUGUAAUCGAUAAGUGCUUCUCCAAAGAAACAGUCGAAGCAAUUAUUGUUUCCCUCGAAAAGGAGGCCGAGAGCGUGCACGAUGAAUGGAUUAUGUCUACUAUUCUGUCAAUGAAAAAGGCAUCUCCUAUUAGCCUGAAAAUUACUCUCAGAUCGAUCCGAGAAGCAAGACGGCAAGGAGUAGAUAAAUGCCUGAUUAACGAUUACAGAUUGUGCUGCCAUAUUUUGCGACAAGAAGCCAGCAAGGAUUUCUUCGAGGGUUGUAGGGCUAUUUUGGUGGACAAAGAUAAGAACCCAAAGUGGGAACCAUCGCGGCUGGAUCAAGUGGACGAUAAAGUAGUUGACCGAUAUUUUGUCGAGGUCAGAGAUGCAAAUUGGGAGGACCUAAAACUUCCGGCAAGACACAGCUUAGCAGCCAAGUAUGUGUCAAGGAUGUAAAGAUCCAAGGAGUUCCGCUGUUGUCAAUCUCCAAAAAGGAGCUCCGGCAAGAUGCAAUUGGAAUGCUUGCUUUGAGUAAUAUUGGAUGAAAAGAGCAGCAAAAGCAAUCUAGUUUGGUUGAUAAACUCGAUAAAUUUAUGCUGAUGGCGAUUACUCUCGAAUGUGACGGGUGAUAAGAAGUGAAGCACUUGGAUUGAAGAAGUGAAACACUUGUUAGAGGAGAGUGAAACACUUUGUUCGCAAAAUCUUCACAAGCUUUGUUUAUGAAUGUCAUUGAACUGAAUUUACUAUUAAGCUUGUUUAUAUAUACAAGUACUCCUUGAGGUUCA